GUCCUAGCUAAAACUCACACAUCAUAUUCCAUCAUGGGACAACUAAGUUUAUUUCAAAUGAAAGUGAUAUCAAUGUUUCUUUUAAUCACUUCAGUAAAAUUUGUUUUAGGACAAAUUAGUACACCUUGUACAACAUCUAUGAUUAGUAGUUUCACACCAUGUGCAAAUUUCAUUACAGGAAGCACUAAUUAUAAUGGUUUAAUUACACCAUCAAGUAGUUGUUGUGAUUCAUUAGAGUCUAUGAUGAGUACUAGUAUGGAUUGUGCUUGUCUUUUAAUUUCAGCUAAUGUUCCAUUUCAAUUAUUACCUAUUAAUCGACUUCUUUCAAUCUUCCUUCCACAAGCAUGUAACCUUAAUGGAUUGCCUGCACAAUGCAAGGCUUCUGGUUCUCCAUUACCAGCUCCAGGCCCAGCCAUCUUUGGAUCAAAUGUCCCGUCUCUCCCGCCAACUAAUGGUUCUCCCUUGAGCCCACAGGCUGAUCCUAAAACCAUUGAGAUAUCUGAUGCUCCCAAAUCAACGAUUCUACAUUCAACAAUGGCACCAGCACCAGCAAAACUAGCACCAUUGAAGCAAAUUCAUCCACGAAAACUUCAAAAAGUUGGCUAGCUAGUACUCUUGAGUUUCUGAUAAUCAACUAUAAUAAUGUUUGUAUCCAUUUUCAUAUGAAAUUUGGAGUCUUUAUGUUUUCUUAAGAUAUAGUACUCCAUAUUAUUCUUCUUCUUCCUCAUGUCAUCCAAUUGCAUUUUGCAUUGAUAUGAGGUUGUCAUAUGAUGAUUCAUGAAGCAAAAUGAGUUUGUGAGUAUUCUUCGCUUUAUUAAUUAAAUUAUUUCUGCAAAUGAAAAUAUUCAUUUUAACUUUA